AUGAUGCGGAACAAGCCCUCUUCUUUGAUGCAAAAGAUCUACGAUGAAUCUUAUCUGCAUUGCUCGACCGCAGUCUUCUUCGAGGGUCAGGCAAAUGAAGCAGAGGCUCUCCGAUCGUGGAAAUCUGCCUUGGACGGCAUCACCUACUUUAAAGCCUACAAACUGCCCUUCAACUAUCAACCCAAGUCCGAGACCGAGAAGGCACUGUACGAUUCUCUUCGUCAACUGGAGAAUCAAUGCAAAGAAAGAGUUGACCUUUUUGAAGCCCUCAGGCUUAGCCGUCAAGAUAUCGUUAAAGACUCUCCAGAUGACAGAAAGUCGGAAUCGGGCAGAAGACGGUUGGAGAAGUCAAGAGGAGGGCACGAUGUCACACCUACUCCGGAAAGGUCGUCGGCGUCAUCAUGGCUAGGAGACGAGACCGUAAGACCCAUGCAGAUGUCGGAACUUCCAGCUCCUACUCCCGCACUUCCUCCACGACCCUCAAUCCUCACCAGUCGAUCGAGCGAAAGGACACUGAAGAAAGAGGCCACGACGUCCGACUCCCGCAGCCAGUCAUCAUCUAGUAGAGUGCCUAGCUUGCCCGUACCUGCGACCAAAGUCUCCAGAAGUCCGAGUCCAGAACAUGGUAGGAAGACAAUGCGAACCACACUUCGCCCGGAGAAGAAGGGCUUCAGGAAGUAUCGAUCGGCUCCAAAUAAAGACAGGCUACCUGAUACUAUGAGGGCUGCCGGACUGGCGUGGGAAUCGCAGCCUCGCCUGAGUGCACAAAGUCAUCCCCGACCAGAAUCAGACCCAUCGAUAGAAGCAAGGCUCAGUGCCACCGCCGCUAGACGCAGCAUUGACCAGGAUGCCGCUUCAAGACCUAGCGAUCGCCGACGAUCUAACCCUAACCCCACAUCACCUACAUUAGAGCAAUCAUCACAGACUAACCCUCGAGAUUACUUAUAUGCAACGUCAUCAAGGUCUUCGAUGCAGAAAUCCAUGGAGAGCCUCCAGCUGGGAGAGACGCAACUCGCGCCGUCGGUCCCGAAUCUGAUUGAUUUUGAUCCUGAACCUGAACGACCACCUCCAGUACCAGCUCACGCACUGCUGCCAGGCCCAGGUCUGUCCAGGACGAGACCGAGGUCUCCCGCAUCUAUCCCCAAAGCACCUGACAUCGUCUAUCGAAAAGAAUACCCUGCCCGCCAACAUAAAGUCCCACCGACGAUUGCAAACAACAUACUUGAUAAAGCAUACCAACGAGACGACAAGCUGUCUCCUUCUAUCACGCGGAAACCGGUUGCGAACAGUGGUGCCACUCUGGAAAUUCGAGGUCGGUCACCCGGUCGGCGUGAGCAGUUAUCAGAGAGUGAGGAAGAGCCUCCGAAAUCUACGAUCAACAAGCCAAGACGGCCUCGAGCAGGUCGGACCGAAAGCGCAAAGACGAUUACCCCACCAUCGACAGAUGCCGAGUCUCUCGAAGAUGAAGGUUCAGUCUCCUCGUCAGAGAAGAAGAUGGCACACGUGCUCAAAAAUCUACCCAAGGGCUUGGAUGAGGGUUCUGCAAAGCAGAUUCUGAACGAGAUCGUGGUCAAAGGCGAUGAGGUCCACUGGGAAGACGUGGCAGGUCUGGAUGCCGCCAAGAAAGCACUGAAGGAAGCAGUUGUGUAUCCAUUCUUGAGGCCUGAUCUGUUUAUGGGACUGCGCGAACCCGCGAGGGGAAUGUUAUUGUUUGGCCCACCGGGAACUGGUAAGACAAUGCUCGCACGUGCGGUGGCGACCGAGAGCAAGAGCACAUUUUUCGCUAUCAGCGCAAGCAGUCUUACGAGCAAAUGGCAUGGUGAAUCGGAGAAAUUAGUCCGAGCAUUGUUCGCCAUGGCAAAGGCAUUGGCACCCAGUAUUAUCUUCGUGGAUGAAAUCGACUCAUUGCUGAGUUCGCGAAGUGGGUCGAGCGAGCACGAGGCGUCCAGGCGCAGUAAGACCGAGUUCUUGAUUCAGUGGUCGGAUCUUCAGAGAGCCGCAGCAGGCAAGGACACGACGGUGGGUGAUGCCAGCCGGGUUUUGGUACUUGCCGCGACAAAUUGCCCUUGGGAUAUCGACGAAGCUGCACGACGGCGUUUCGUGCGGAGACAGUACAUUCCCUUACCCGAGAAGGAGACACGGGAGGUCCAGAUCCGGACACUCAUUGGCCAUCAGAAGCAUGAAUUGAGUGGUGAAGAUAUCGAGAGGCUAGUGGAGCUGACAGAAGGGUACUCGGGAUCAGAUAUCACUGCAUUGGCGAAAGAUGCAGCAAUGGGCCCCCUGAGGCACCUGGGCGAGGCGCUGCUCUUUACGCCUAUGGAUCAGAUCCGACCCAUCCACAUGGUCGAUUUCGAAGCCAGCUUGGAAAGCAUCCGACCCAGUGUGAGCAAGAAAGGCCUGGAAGAGUUCGAGGAGUGGGCACGAGACUUCGGUGAGAGAGGCGGGUAG